UCCCUAUCAAAUAAACUUUUGUCUACAAGUCAUGUGACGAAAGAAUUAAACCUUUUACCCCCAAAUUACCGAGUCACCAUCUUCCCAACCGGCCGGAAAUAGCAAACUGACAGCCAAUCCAACAUUAGCCAACACAACCACAUUCUUAGCCGUCUGUUUUUCAUUGCUUUCAUACGGGUCUUUCCUUGCACAUACAACAGAGACGCACUACCCAUUUGUCCCCCUAUUACUCGUGGCGGCGCCGAUAUCUCCCUCCACCAGUCAUUCCCUCCGAUAAGAGCAGCUGCUUUUCCAUUUUUGAUGCAUACACAUCUAGUUUGGGUGCUAGAUAUCUGUGUCUCAAAACCUGCAUUGCUACUGGUUAAGAACAAAUAAGUUUGGAAACAUGAACAAGUUUAAAGACAACAAGUGUUGGGAAAUCAUAUACAUCCCCGAUAAACCACUCUUUCCUCUUCACCAACAACCCACAGUCAAUGUUUAUGCUGCUGUAAUUGAUCCUAAGCAAGCCCACACUCUUGUCAGGAAAUUAAAUCAGAUUUUGCCAUUAGAAAAUCUACGUCAUGUCAAACGGGUGCGAAAGCACUACACUGAUGGAGGAUCCACUCAAUUAUCAGUGAUCUUAUGUUUAGCCGGUGAAAAUGAUAGCCAGUUAGAUAUCAUACCGCAAGAGGUGGUUGAGCUAAUAGAUUCUCAUCAGUUGGAAAUUUUCAUCACAAAAGUUUGCAAAUAUGCUCCAUUAUCGAAAGAAGAAUGGGAAGAACAAUGCAAAAGAUGGCCAACAUCUUUUCAUCCACCAACCUACAAUAUCAGUGGCAUUACUGGGUUUUCAGAAGAAGAAGCGCACUUGGUAUACACCUUCAUGAAGCUAGCACUGGAUUUGGCAAAAGGUGAAUCCCAGAUGGUGAAUGCUGCUGUUGUUGUUGAUCCUUCAACGAAUGAGGUGAUUGCACGUGCAUGUGAUCAGGUCCACUCUUGUAGCUGUUCCAUAAAUUAUGAGGUUACUACUUCCUCGUCACUUGCAUAUAGAACUCAUAAUCAUGACAAUACACAAAAUUCUUCAGCUACACAACCCCAAGUGUUGUAUGAUCGGGUUUCUUGUUUAAAUCCUUGGCAAUGGUCCACCCAGAAGUCAUGUAAUGACUCUUGUUCAUGGCAUCCUUUAAGGCAUGCUGCUAUUGUAGCCAUUGAAUAUUCUGCAGCCAGAGAUAGACAUCUUUUUCCUGGCAGUGGACAUGAUCUAGCAGAAACUGAUCAUGUCGGUCCCACUUUAACAUGUCAUACGUCGAAGAAACAAAAGACCAAAUCCGUUCAUGUAAAAGAUGACGAGGAAGAUAACUUAAUCUUAUCUGGCUGCACUUCUGAAUUAGCCAGACCAUAUUUAUGUACUGGUUAUGACAUCUAUCUUAUGUGGGAACCAUGCACAAUGUGUGCGAUGGCACUUGUUCAUCAAAGAGUUAAGCGUAUAUUCUACGCUUUUCCAAAUCCAAAUGCUGGUGCCCUUGGAAGUGUUCACAGAUUACAAGGAGAGAAAAGCUUAAAUCACCAUUAUGCUGUAUUCAAAGUUUUGUUACCUGAAGACUCCCUUGACAGAGAAGAUAUACCUCUAGUGUCAAAAAGUAUUGAUUCCAAUAAUAUUGAAAACCCAUCAAAUGUGGCACUAUAAGGUCAUAUAGAUUGUACAAUUGUAACAUUUUUACAGCCCUUUUAAUUUAAAAAAGAGGGUUUUAAAGGUGCCCCAAUACUGCUCGGGCGUUGUUAGAGUUGGACCGUCUAGUCUUUGUGCUUGCAAAGCUGUUUGUGAGGUGACCGUUAUUCUAUUUUAUACUAACAGAUAUUUGUUUUACUAGUUACUUAGGAUUUUGUUUGUAUCUAAAUUAGAGUUAUCUUGAUUCUCAAGAGUAGGGGGGUAGAUGUGUUUAGAAAAUUGAAAGGAUCUAUCUGUUAUUUCUGUUGGCAUGUGAAA